ACAUUCAGUAAAAAUGGCAAGUAAAUUAAUUUUUGUUUCAACAAUUUUAAUGGCUAUGGUAGCCUUAACAUUCGGGAUAAAGUGUCCGAGUUAUCAAUUUGUAGGAAAACACGUUGCAGUAUGUUCUCAGUGCACAAUGGCUCAAAAGAUCGCAAGAGCUGUUGCGUUAUCAGGACAACGCGAUGCCACCGUAAAUAGAAAUCACGUUUUUAUUUCCGGAAGAAGGGUGACUAGGGAGGAUAUUGCCAAUGACAACACAAAUCGUUACUUCAGACCCGGUGGACGUCAGCAAUGCUGUGCUGAAAUUAACGAAUUUCAACUAUUCGAUUGCAAUAGAGACCGAACAGUUGAUCCACCAACCUGGAAUUGUGUACAACAAGAUGUAGCUCUCUCCCAAUGUCAUACGUUAACUCAAGGAGGUCAUUUUAGAUUUGCUCCACGAUAAAUAUUCCACAGUUUAUUCAAUUAUGUAAAAUUCUUUUGAUCAAUAUCACUUGACAUCGAUCAAAAGAAAAUUCAAAAUUGCUUAAAGAGAAUUUUGUUUCAUAAAUGUAUGGGAGGGACUAUCAAUGUCAAUCAAUACGAAAUAAUAAAUUGUAAAAAGAA